AUGUCUAAUUGCUCAAGUUACGGGUGGGAUUGCGCACAUCGACAAGAUAAACCUCCUUCACAAGAAUAUUAUGGAGAGAAUUCUGAACGAUACUUUCAUAAACUAUCACCCGCGCAAACACUUAGUCACAAGUCGCCUAUAAGAGCAACUCGUCUCCGUUCUCCGUUAUCAAAUGUCCGAAAAUUUCGUAAUCGUUCAAAAAGGAGCAGAUUUCUUCCAUCACGAAGAUCAAGGAGCAGUUCCCUAUCAUCACAAUUAUCAAGAUGUAGUUCUCUAUCGUCACUAAAAUCGAGCAAUUCUCUAUUAUCACGAAGAUCAAGGAGUAAUUCUCUAUCAUCACGAAGAUCAAAACAUAGUUCACCUCAAAAGUCAAGUUGUAAUUCUUUAUCAUCACGAAGAUUAAGCAGUUCUCCAUCACAAAGGUCAAGGCAUAGUUUUUCACCACAAAGAUCAAGAUCUAGAUCUCCCAUUCAAAGCUUGAGAAAUGAUUCCCCAUCAAGAAAAUCAAGGUCUCCUGUUCGAGAUUCAGAAAAGCGAACCUUUGUAUCGUCGCCAAGAACAAGAACAAGAACCCUUUCACACCAUAAUGUUCAGCGGCAUACUAUCCCUAAUCUCAAUAAAGUUUAUCAUAUUCCAACUUCUCAGAAUUCAAAAAAUAUUAUAAAUAGCUACAAAUUCAAUUAUUUAAAAGAUGAUACAAAUAUGACGAAUACAGAUUUGCAAGAUUCAAAUACAG